GUGUGUGGGGGCAUGCAUCCUGCGCUAUUCCUCUUCAGAACGCAGCGUUUUGUUAUGGGGUGUGCUUCCUCGAUGAAGCGCAGCGCUCUUUUAGUCUCCCGCUUCCAGAAAUAGACAAACCCCAACACCCCCCGCCGCCGGCAUCUUCAUCAUUUCGCUUUACCACCGGCCAUAAUCUCUUCGCACCCGCCGGAAGUCUCUUUCUUUUCGUCUCACAAACCUCCUGGGCUCCAGAUCGAAAUUUUCCCUUAUUCAUCCAAAUCAACGCCGGUCACUCUCUCCUCUUCCACCGCAUCCCAUCACUUGCUUUCGGGUCUCAUUUUUGUUAACUGGUGCUUUGUGUUUGGGAUAUAGCAACUGUGGAUAAUUAUGCCGCCUAAACGCCGCUCUUAUGAGCACGAAGCUUCCUCCUCGCAACAAAGGAGGCUUGCAUUGACCGGCGCAGCCUCGAGGGCAACAAAUUUUCAACGGCAAACUGAGCCUCCUCAUCGGCCCUCAAACCCUCCUCCUCAACCACCUCAACUUCCAUGGGAGUUCAAAAAUGAAGAGCAACGAGAAAAGUACAAUGCUCUGGGUGCUAGACCUGUGGCAUGUACUAGAUAUAUUGAUGAGGAUGCUCUGGUAGAUAUUGAGUUAGAUGAGGAGGUGACUAGGUAUCUAGCCAAUAUUGGUUGGACUAAACUUGCUAGCUUUAAAUUCCAUACGUACCCCGAGAUUACCCUAGAAUUUCUCAGUAGUUUCUCUUGUGAAUUGCACCCUUGUAUUCCUGAUGAUCAAGGGAAAAUUAGAUUUAGAUUAAUGGGUGUAGAUUAUGAACUGAACAUGGCCACAUUUAAUGGCAUAUUUGGAUUACCUAAUGAGGGUCAUCGGAUGAUCCCUAAGAACUUUAAUUUGGAUGAUGUUUGGAGGGAACUAACGCAUACACCAUUGUAUAAACCGAGCUGCUCGAAAUCCACACACCUUCGCAACCCUGCCCUUCGAUAUUUACAUAGAUUUAUGGCCCAUUCCAUAUUUGGAAGAGGGGAUAGUACAGGAGUUGUGAAUAGGAAUGAACUAUUCAUGAUGUGGGCCAUGAUGACUAAGACUGCAGUUAAUACAGGUUUUUGGAUUUGUACUCAUUUUAGUCAUGUAGCUAGGAGCACAAGUGGUAAGAUUUGUGUAGGAGGGUUAAUUUCUGUCAUAGCAGAUCAUUUUGGAUUUGUUCCUAACUCUAGAAGGUUUCCUCAUGUUGGUGGAAAUGAAAGAAUAGAUGCAGAAACAAUGGUGCUAAUAGGGAUGUGUAAUAAAGAAGCAGGAAAGUACUACCUCAGGGAUGAGAAUGGGAACAGUAUACCUAAGAGGAGAGGGGUUAGGGGCAACGAGGAAGAAAGACGAGAUCCAGCAAGAGAUCAAAUGGAUGAAGGGGCUGAACCUGUACAAAAGGUAGAGGCUCUUUCACCUGCCACUAAUCUUCCUGUUCCACCACCAGCUUCGGGCACAGUUACAUUGGAGAUGAUCAUGGCCCGGCUUGACCAGAUAGAGGACCGGCUCCAACACAGUUUUGGUUCAAUGCAGUCUACAUAUGAUCAGCUGAAUGCCAGAUUGGGACGGCUCGAGGAUGAUGUAGAUGAGAGACUAGCAACAAUUGAGACCAAGCUAGAUGAGCUUCAUUUACGAAGCUGAAGGAAUUGGUUGGAAGUCCUUGGGACUAUAUGGUCGGUCGAUUUGGUGCUUAAGGAGCUUAAUUAGUAGUGAAGGAAAACUACAGCACUCGAGUUACAUCUGGUAUAGAACAUAACAUGUCUUAGGCGUGUCAAAUAACCGAGACACGUCUAGGGCAUGUGAUUUUUGGAUAUUUAAAGAAGUUCAACCAAAAUUUAGGCGGUACACAACGCACCUUGGGAGUGUGGAAGUAGCAAAGUACAUCGUCACAUCCCUUGCGAGUAAGCUAGUGAAAUUGGCCCAACUACAAAGGCAACAUGCGGCACUUAGCCUUCUCAAGACGAAGUCAGCCUUCCGCCAAACCUAACUUCGACGCUGGUUGCCUUGGACUUGCGGGAGCUCACAAUUGGUGGGGUAACAACAUGCCUUGGGGUGUGUGGCGCAUUGUUUAUCGAGGAAAGCUGGACAACAAAAAAGUGUGGCAGUGUGGUACAUGCCUUGGGCAUGUGAAAGCGGCACAACACGCAUAGGGCGGGUCAAAGACAGGAAGUUGAAUGUUGAAGUGGAUGGAUUUUUGAAGACUCGCUUUCCUUGGCCAAUUAGAACUUUCCCAAGAGCAAAACAGGUGAUCUUUUCACCAAAAUUAGGGAUUCAUCUCAUUCUUGAGACAAGAACCCUAAGCCUCCAAAGUAGAAGCAAGAGAUCAAGCAAGGAUUUGAAGACUUGAGGCUUUCAUUUAGGAUCUACAGCAUAAGAGCUUCCUUGUUUUUGUGCUGAUCCUUCAAUGUCUUUUGUAUAGUAGGACAUUAGGCUAUAUCUCUUAUUCUAGGGUUAGGUGGAUAGCAACUUAAUUUAAAUUACGGUAGUAAUUUUUUUUUGUUUCAAUAAAUAAUGGUACUUUCUUUGUCGAACUCUAACAGUAUGAUUACUGGUGUCAAAAUGUAUUACUUUUGAAGGGCAUGAUGCAGCUUUUUCAGACUA